AUGGUUAUUAAUCUUCCAGAUUCAGUCGAAACUAUUGAUGGAUAUGUUGCUGGACAUUCUUGGCCAUUUGCUACAACCGGAACCACAUCAUUUAACAUAUCACCUAAUUCAAAAUUAACUACAUUAAAAUCUGAAUGUUUUUCACAAGUUCGUUGUUCGAGUAUCUUCAUUCCGAAAAACGUGACUCAAAUUGGAAAUUCUAUAUUUGCUGAUAGUAAUAUUGCAGGUAUUAUAAUCGAUAAAGACAAUACUGUAUAUAGGACUGAUGGAAAAUCAAUUUAUUCUGGUGAGAAUAAUAAUACAUUAUUUGCAGUUGUGAGAAAAAAUAUUGGCCAAUAUAUUGUUCCAGAUUAUAUUACAUCAAUAUCUGGUGGUUGUUUUCGAACAUGUGAAGUUUCUAAAAUUACAUUACAUGAGCGGAUAAAUUAUAUUGGUUCAUGGGCAUUUAGUAAAACAGGCAUAACAUCAAUGAAAAUCCCAGAAUUAGUUACUAACAUUAAGCAAAGUUGUUUCCAAGAGUGCUAUUCAUUACAGUAUGUGAAUCUUUCAAAUCAAACUACAAUAAUUGAAACUAUGGCAUUUUAUAAUUGCCCUAAUCUUCUUGAAAUGAAAAUACCAGAGACAUUGACGACUAUAUCUAACGCUGCAUUUUUCAACUGCAUGAAGCUGAACUUAGAUAUUGCUAACAAUACACAUAUUAACUAUGUCGACCGCAUGCUCUUCACCAAUGAAAGAAAAUCUUUAUCAGAUUAUUUCGGUGAUGAUCCAAAUACUGACCUAGUAAUUCCUGAUGGAUUGAAUUUUGUUGGUUAUUCAGCUUUCAAAGGAAAGAAGUUAAGAUCAAUAUUAUUUAAUGGUGCAUCUCUAAUAGAAGUUGCAGAACUUGCAUUUUCACAAUGCACAUUAGAUAAGAUAACUUUGCCGUCAAGUUUGAAGUCAAUUGAAGGAAAUUGUUUUGAAGGCUGCACGAAUCUUAAAACAAUUGAAUUUUCAAAUAAUGAAGUUCUUACAACUAUCCCAAAAAACUGUUUUAAUGGUUGUACACAAUUGAGAAAUAUAAUUUUACCUUCUUCUAUUACAACUAUUAGUGAACGAGCAUUUGCAGGCUGCACUAACAUUGGAGAUAUUGGAUUAUCAGCAACACAAAUCCAAAAUAUUGGAAUAUAUGCAUUUGUAAACAGCGGUAUUACAUCUUGUGAUAAUGGAAAGAACUUAUUGACUUUCGAUUAUGGAGCUUUUAUGAACAGCAAUAUACAAUCUUUAACUGUUAGUACUCGUAGUAUCUCCGAGAAUUGUUUCUAUAAUUGCAUUUAUCUCACAUCUAUUACAUUUGACGACAAUCUCGCUUCGAUUGAAGCAUCUGCAUUCGAAAAAUGCCCUUUAUUGCGAGAAUUUGUUAUCCCGAGCAGCUUAAUCGUGAUCAAGUCAUUUGCGUUUCGAAAUUGCAUAUCACUUUAUAAAGUUUCUCUUUCUAUGAACAGUGUUCUCCCAGAAAUAUAUGGAGGAACUUUCAUUAAUUGUCCACAAUUGGUAUCAAUAAAGUUAAACCCAGAAGAUCGAUCAUACAGAUUUAGUAAUGGAGCCUUAACAAAUUAUGAAGAAACAAAAUUAAUAACAUUCAUUCCAUCAAGUCCAAUUGAUACAUAUAUUGUUCCAAUGACAAUGACAUCAAUUGGAAACUACGCUUUCAUGUCAUGUUCAAAUUUAGUAAGAAUUCUUUUUAGCGGAAACAAUAUUCAAUCAAUUGGCCGCGAAUCUUUCAAAGAUUGUACUAAAUUAGAAUUUCUAUUCAUUACAAGUACAAGCUUGUCAACUAUAGGUGACAAUGCAUUUGAUAAUACUCCUUAUCUUCGAAAAUGUGGCUCUGUUCGAUGUGAUGAAUCAAAAACAGAUAUCUUUAUACAAAGAAACAUCCCAUCAAUAUCAUUUCGAUUAGAUUGUAAGCAUGAACGCAUUACAUGCUUGCAAAAAUCAUCCUACUCCAUAUCAAUUUUAUUAAUUUCACCUUUUAUUAUCAUGUAA